UCCACUUGAUUAUUUAUGCCUGUGUAACAUCAGAAACAAGAUGUCAAUUUCCAUGAGGAAAGGUGCCUCCGCGCGUGGGGAGAAGCUGCACCAGGUGGCGUCAAUGAAGCGCAGCCUGAAGAAGAUGUGGCGCCCUGGAGAAAAGAAGGAGCCCCAGGCCGUGCUCUAUGAGGAUGUGCCGAACGACACGGACGACUGCAAGGAAUCGCUUAAGGUGGUUUUUGAAGGAAGUACAUGUGGAUUACAAAACUUUAAGAAUCAAAAGAUAUUAAACAGAUGUAACAAUGUGGACAUCUCUUUGCAUUAUGCUGCAGCAAAAGGCCAAGUUGAGCUAAUGGAGAAGAUCACCAGAGAUUCCUCUUUUGAAGUGCUGAAUGCAAUGGAUGAUUAUGGAAAUACCCCUCUGCACUGUGCUGUAGAAGAAAACCAGAUUGAAAGUGUUAAGUUUCUUCUCAGCAGAGGAGCAAACCCAAAUCUCCGAAACUUCAACAUGAUAGCACCCCUCCACAUAGCUGUGCAGGGCACACACAACGAGGUGAUGAAGGUCUUGCUGGAGCAUAGAAGUAUUGACAUUAAUUUGGAAGGAGAAAAUGGAAAUACAUCUGUGAUAAUUGCAUGCACCAAAAAUAAUAGUGAAGCACUGCAGAUUUUGCUUAACAAAGGAGCUAAGCCAUGUAAAUCAAAUAAAUGGGGAUGUUUUCCUAUUCACCAGGCUGCAUUUUCAGGUUCCAAAGAAUGCAUGGAAAUACUAUUAAGGUUUGGUGAAGAGCAUGGGUACAAUAGACAGUUGCAGAUCAACUUUGUGAAUAAUGGGAAAGCCAGUCCUCUCCACCUGGCUGUGCAAAAUGGUGACUUGGAAAUGAUCAAAAUGUGCCUGGACAAUGGUGCACAAAUAGACCUAGUGGAGAAGGGGAGGUGCACAGCCCUUCAUUUUGCUGCCACCCAGGGAGCCACUGAGAUUGUUAAAUUGAUGAUAUCGUCCUAUUCUGGUGGCAUGGAUAUUGUUAACACAACCAAUGGAAGUGGUGAGACCAUGCUUCACAGAGCUUCAUUAUUUGAUCACCAUGAACUAGCAGACUAUUUAAUUUCAGUGGGGGCAGAUAUUAAUAGAAUCGAUUCUGAAGGACGCUCUCCACUUAUAUUAGCAACUGCUUCUGCAUCUUGGAAUGUUGUAAAUUUGCUACUCUCUAAAGGUGCCCAAGUAAAUAUAAAAGAUAAUUUUGGACGUAAUUUUCUGCAUUUAACUGUACAACACCCUUAUGGAUUAAAAAAUCUGCGACCUGAAUUUAUGCAGAUGCAACACAUCAAAGAGCUGGUAAUGGAUGAAGACAACGAUGGGUGUACCCCUCUACAUUAUGCAUGUAGACAGGGGGGCCCUGGUUCUGUAAAUAACCUUCUUGGCUUUAAUGUGUCAAUUAAUUCCAAAAGCAAAGAUAAAAAAUCACCUCUGCAUUUUGCAGCCAGUUAUGGGCGUAUCAAUACCUGUCAGAGGCUCCUACAAGACAUAACUGAUACAAGGCUUCUGAAUGAAGGGGACCUUCAUGGAAUGACUCCUCUCCAUCUGGCAGCAAAGAAUGGACAUGAAAAAGUAGUUCAGCUUCUUCUGAAAAAAGGUGCAUUGUUUCUCAGUGACCACAAUGGCUGGACGGCAUUGCAUCAUGCAUCUGUGGGUGGGUACACUCAGACCAUGAAGGUCAUUCUUGAUACUAAUUUGAAGUGCACAGAUCGCCUGGAUGAAGAUGGGAACACUGCACUUCAUUUUGCUGCAAGGGAAGGCCACGCCAAAGCCGUUGCCCUUCUUCUGAGCCACAAUGCUGACAUAGUCCUGAACAAGCAGCAGGCCUCCUUUUUGCACGUUGCACUUCACAAUAAGAGGAAGGAGGUAGUUCUUACGACCAUCAGGAGCAAAAGAUGGGAUGAAUGUCUUAAGGUUUUUUGUCAUAAUUCUCCAGGCAAUAAAUGUCCAAUCACGGAAAUGAUAGAAUACCUCCCUGAAUGCAUGAAGGUACUUUUAGAUUUCUGCAUGUUGCCUUCCACAGAGGACAAGUCCUGCAGAGACUACUAUAUCGAGUAUAAUUUUAAAUAUCUUCAAUGCCCGUUAGAAUUCACCAGAAAAACAACACCUACACAGGAUAUUACUUAUGAACCUCUUAUAGCCCUCAAUGCAAUGGUACAAAAUAACCGCAUAGAGCUUCUCAAUCAUCCUGUGUGUAAAGAAUAUUUACUCAUGAAAUGGAUGGCUUAUGGAUUUAGAGCCCAUAUGAUCAAUUUAGGAUCUUAUUGUCUUGGUCUCAUACCUAUGACCUUUCUCGUUGUCAAUAUAAAACCAGGAAUGGCUUUCAACUCAACUGGAAUCAUCAAUGAAACUAGUGAUCAUUCAGAAAUACUAGAUACCACGGAUUCAUAUCUAAUAAAAACUUGUAUGAUUUUAGUUUUUUUAUCAAGUAUAUUUGGGUAUUGCAAAGAAGUGGUCCAAAUUUUCCAACAGAAAAGGAAUUACUUUAUGGAUAUAAACAAUAUUAUUGAAUGGAUUAUUUACACGACGGGCAUCAUUUUUGUGCUGCCCUUAUUCAUUGAAAUACCAGCUCAUGUGCAGUGGCAAUGUGGAGCAGUUGCUAUUUACCUCUAUUGGAUGAACUUUUUAUUGUAUCUUCAAAGAUUUGAGAAUUGUGGAAUUUUCAUUGUUAUGCUGGAGGUAAUUUUGAAAACUUUGUUGAGGUCUACAGUUGUAUUUGUCUUCCUUCUUUUGGCUUUUGGACUCAGCUUUUAUGUCCUCCUGAAUUUACAGGAUGCCUACAGCUCUCCAUUGCUUUCAAUAAUCCAGACCUUCAGCAUGAUGCUAGGAGAUAUCAAUUAUCGAGAGUCCUUCCUAGAACCAUAUCUGAGAAAUGAAUUGGCAUAUCCCGUUCUGUCCUUUGCACAACUUAUUUUCUUCACACUAUUUGUCCCAAUUGUCCUCAUGAAUUUACUUAUUGGUUUGGCAGUUGGUGACAUUGCUGAGGUUCAGAAACAUGCAUCACUGAAGAGGAUAGCUAUGCAGGUGGAGCUUCACACCAGCUUAGAGAAGAAGCUGCCAUUAUGGUUUCUACGCAAAGUGGAUCAGAAAUCCACUAUCGUAUAUCCCAACAAACCCAGAUCUGGUGGGAUAUUAUUCCAUAUAUUCUUUUGUUUAUUUUGCACUGGAGAAAUAAGACAAGAAAUACCAAAUGCUGACACAUCUUUAGAAAUGGAAAUAUUAAAGCAGAAAUAUCGGCUGAAGGAUCUUACUUGUCUUCUGGAAAAACAGCAUGAGCUCAUUAAACUGAUCAUUCAGAAGAUGGAGAUCAUCUCUGAGACAGAGGAUGAAGAUAACCAUUGUUCUUUUCAAGACAGGUUUAAGAAAGAGCAGAUGGAACAAAGGAAUAGCAGAUGGAAUACUGUGUUGAGAGCAGUCAAGGCAAAAACACACCACCUUGAGCAUUAACUUCUCAGACCUUCAGUGAGGCUUCCAAUGGGGGGUGCAUGACUUGCUAGUUCUAAUUUUCAGUUUAAAAAGAGUGAGGAAGAAGCAGAAAUCAAUUGAUUUCACUACAUGUGAAAUCAUGGUUACUGCAUGUUUAAUAAAAGUAAACUAUCUUUUAUCCUCUAUUCAUAUUUUCUACUAAUCACUACGUAUUGGGGAUAUCUUUGCAGAUAUGCUUAAGCUGGACUUGACUUUGAUGAGAGAUAAUCUCAUUAUUUGAAUAGGUAGAAGAUGAAUUUGCUAAAACACACAUUUUUAAUAAAAAGGAGUAAUAAAUGUAACUAUUAAGCUAGAAUGCAAAUGUCAGUACUGAAUUCCUGCUUGCUAAUUAUGCAAUAGGUGAUGCCCUAGAAAAUAGUCACAUUUGUGACUAUUACACUUAGCAAUGCCUUAGAUGGUAGUCUUAAAUAUGAGGUUGAGGUCUACCAGUUGGGAAGCUUCUUCGUGUUGGAAGAGCCUGUGGGUGGCACCAUGUGUAGUCUUUUGUUCAUACUAUGAUGAACAACCCCACCCUUCUUGAUGCCCCCAACACAUCUGAUGUCACUUUGAGCCAUAUAGAUGAAGUACAAAUUAACAGACCUAUCAUAUGCAUGAAUUUUACUAUAGAUAAUGUUGUUUCUGUUUUUGUUUGCCAAUGAGCAUAAUAAAUGUAAAAUCUAUAUAGGAUACCUGC